AUGUGGGUGGGGGUGGAGGAGCUGUCUUCGUGCGGCUGGUGUUGGAUUCUUCUGCUUGUGAGGAUGGGCGCUUGUGUCGGUGUUUGUGGGUGUGUAUCGGCGCUGCAAUUCCUUCGUUUUUCUUUCUCUCUUCCCCCGAGUUACUUCUUACUCCAACUCGCUCUCUCCUUUCAUAAAGUUUCUCAACAGCGAGUCGAGCUCAAUCCAGGGGUGCAGCACUAUUCGUUGUUGAUUUAUGCCCAACGUUCUCGCGGCGAAGGCGGAGUCUCCGGCAGAGGAGAGAGAGUAUCCCACCGCACCAGCACGCGUAGCCCUCCUUUCCCGCCUCACGUGUCACUGGUGUAUCUCUUCAAUGAUGCAGUUCUUGCCCGUCUUGCAAGCUCCAUCACAGCCCCUUUUCCCUUCUUCCCCCUCCCUCGCCACUUCACUUUGUGUUCUUGCUCAACUCUCUGUGGUACCUUGUGUAGCGACGUACACAUCCCCCCCCUCUCCUCCCCUGAGGGUGUGUGUUUGUGGAAGAAAAGCUGGCGGGCGCGUCUUCAGACGUCAGAGCUCAAAACAACAAAUCAAAAGGCAGAACAAGAGAGCACCACUCAGCCUCUCAUGAAAGUAGCCGUGUCUCCAUCAAGCUCGUUGUUAGCGAAUACACCGACUACGGCGGUGUCUGCGUUGGCGAAGUCACUUUUGUCGACGCCAAGACCAUCCUGUAGCUUGAGCUCAUCUUUACUGCGGUUCGCCAGCAUUGCAGAGGUUUAUUCCACCGCCCCCACAGGGGUCACGUGCUGUCGCCAUGUGCACAUCGGGCACUCCACCGACGUGCACCGAUGGCGCAACCCAGAGAAAGCGGAGGUUCAGCGGCAGUACCGCGGUGGCGUGAAAUUGGGAAGCCACACAGUCAAAGUUCGCGAACAAGCGGCAAAGGAAAAGGAGCUCAUUGACCAGGACAAGUUCACAGACUGGCGCCAGGUCUACAGCUAUGCCCUCAGCACGGCUCUGCUGCUGAUUGGACUGAACGUGAUUCUGGCCGUUGUGGAGCCAAAUCCAUCACCUGAGUACGUGCCCUACACUGAAUCAGUAGUGUCGGCGCCCAGCGUCAGCGAUAUGACGACCGACUCGAGCUAG